UCGGUGAAGAAGUGAAAGAAUUCAUGUAAGCAGAAGUGAAGCAAAUGGAAGAACUUGUAAAUGAUCUGAUAUCCAGCUGUAUGCAGAGGAUAUUAGUCUGACGUGCUUUCCUGUUUCUCAGCUACAGUUUCUCACAUCUUGUACUUUAAAGCUUUCUAGGUUGGUUACUCACCUUCCUGUCUAAACAGAUCUGCCAGAGUGAGGCAGAAGGUGGAUGCCACAAAUGCUGACAUGAAGCAGAGUUGGAGUAUUUCAUAUUUUCAUCGAUUUGUUGGUCUAUGAAUUUAAAUCAUACUAUUGCUAGUCAUUCAUGACUCGAGCUAAAACUGAACAACAUCUCAUCAUGACUUUGUCAACACUGUGUUUGGAUUUGGUAUUUGUACUAUUUAUAGCCUCCCAAUGCCAAUGUCAAUCUAUUCCACCCAUGAAAGAUGGACGAUGUUCAGAAGGAUAUUACAAAUCAGAACAGGACUGUAAGAAGUGUAAGAGUGGUUAUUAUAUGGACUUUCCUAAUAAUCUAACAUUUUGUUUGAGAUGUACAUCAUGUGAUAUCGGUGCUAAUGAAGUAAAGAAGGCCAACUGUACACCAACACAGAACACAGUCUGCGAUUGUAAACCUGGGUUUUACAAGAGUAAUGAUCACUGUAAUCCCUGUUAUAGUUGCCAAAACUGCAAAGAAUGUUUGAACUGUAAAAAGAAGUGUAAACAAGUAACCAUUCAAACCAAAACAGAACCUAUUAAAACCACAGCAGCAGUGUGUGGGCAUGGAUCUUUUCUGGAAAGUGGACAAUGCCAAAGCUGUGUUAAGUAUAAGUGUAAGAAUGAACCCUGUAAAUCUUUCUGUUCACCUACCACAGCUGAACCACAAGAUUCACCUAACCUGCUGUCGCCGGUAUUACUGGUCAUUGUGACCUUAUUGGGUGGUCUACUCUCUCUUCUUCUCAUCUGGCUCUGCAGUCGGAGAUGGCUUUGCUGUCGAGUCAGAAUCUGGAAUGUUUGCAAACAUCCAGACAUUCAGAUUGAACCAGGUUCAUAUACACUCACAUAUCAACCUAAUGAUGUUAUCUGCAUUCCCACAGCAAUGGAAAGAAAUGGAGCCACAAUUAAAACUUUACCAGUGACCAGCUAUCCACACAGCGUCUUCAGUGGAGAUUUACAGAGCAUCAUGGCCCCCCUGAUAGCAAACGGAAACCCAAAAUUGAUGCAGGUGUUGCAGAAAGAGUCCUGGCCAGCACCAGUGCUCUACACUGUCAUAAGAGCGAUUCCUGUGACGCGCUGGAAGGAAUUUUUGCGACUGCUUUCUGUGUCAGAUGAUCAGAUGGAACGGAUCGAACUGGAGGCAGGCCCAUCCUAUCUAGAAAAGCAGUAUCAUAUGCUGCGUCUGUGGAGCCAGAGCAGUGGAGCGAAGAUGGAAAAUAUCUAUUCAACAUUACACUACAUGAACCUGUCAGGCUGUGCCCAGGAACUGCAAGAAAAGCUAGAACAAUUACAAGCAAGCAUGUAAAACAGACUGACUCAUCUUCACUCCAUCUCCUCAUGCGUGUGAGCUGCAGUUGCAUUUCACAAUCAUUUCCAAGGAACCCUGAACAGAAGAUGCUCUGUCUUCUGAACAGGAAACCCUCAGUCAUGGUUAAAUAUAUUCUUUGUGAAUUUUUUAAUUUAAGCAUAAUGUAAAAGUAAUGCAGAUUAUUAUGCAUAUCAUAGGUGCUUUGUAAUAACUUAUUACAAUUCUUGUUGGUUAUAUGAAUUAGCCUCGUCACUAUACUUGUACAAAUGUGAAUAUUUAAAGAAUAAUUGACCAAUUCAAAGUU